GGCGGCUGAGGGGAGGCUGGCCGCGCGCGCGGUGGUGGCGGCGGCGCCGGCGACCUGAGCCGGGCGGAGUGGAGAGCGACGGAGGGGGCGGAGAGAGAGGGAGGCGGAGGGGAGUGAGAGCCGCAUUUCCAGUUCCCAACUACGAGUCCGGAGUUUGUAGAUGGGGCUGCUCGGCGGCGUCUGCGGCUGAGGAAGAGCAACGGCGGCGGGAGGAGGGGAGCGACGGCGGCGCGGAGGAAGCCGAGGUGCGAGCCGCAAUGCAGCAAGUGUUGGAUAACCUUACGGAGCUGCCCUCAUCUACAGGAGCAGAAGAAAUAGACCUAAUUUUCCUCAAGGGGAUAAUGGAGAAUCCUAUUGUAAAAUCACUUGCUAAGGCUCACGAGAGGCUAGAAGAUUCAAAACUAGAAGCUGUCAGUGAUAAUAACUUGGAAUUAGUCAACGAAAUUCUUGAAGAUAUCACUCCUCUAAUAAAUGUGGAUGAAAAUGUGGCAGAACUGGUUGGUAUACUCAAAGAGCCUCACUUCCAGUCACUCUUGGAGGCCCAUGAUAUUGUGGCAUCAAAGUGUUAUGAGUCACCUCCAUCAAGCCCAGAAAUGAAUAAUUCUUCUAUCAAUAAUCAGUUAUUACCAGUAGAUGCCAUUCGUAUUCUUGGUAUUCACAAAAGAGCUGGGGAACCACUGGGUGUAACAUUUAGGGUUGAAAAUAAUGAUCUGGUAAUUGCCCGAAUCCUUCAUGGAGGGAUGAUAGAUCGACAGGGUCUGCUUCAUGUGGGAGAUAUCAUUAAAGAAGUCAAUGGCCAUGAGGUUGGAAACAAUCCAAAGGAAUUACAAGAAUUACUGAAAAAUAUUAGUGGAAGUGUCACCCUGAAAAUUUUACCAAGCUAUAGAGAUACCAUUAUUCCUCAACAGGUAUUUGUGAAAUGUCAUUUUGAUUAUAAUCCAUACAAUGAUAACCUGAUACCCUGCAAAGAAGCAGGAUUGAAGUUUUCAAAAGGAGAAAUUCUUCAGAUUGUAAACAGAGAAGACCCAAACUGGUGGCAGGCUAGCCAUGUAAAAGAGGGAGGAAGCGCUGGUCUCAUUCCAAGCCAGUUCCUGGAAGAGAAGAGAAAGGCAUUUGUUAGAAGAGACUGGGACAAUUCAGGACCUUUUUGUGGAACCAUAAGUAGCAAAAAAAAGAAAAAGAUGAUGUAUCUCACAACCAGAAAUGCAGAAUUUGAUCGUCAUGAAAUCCAGAUAUAUGAGGAGGUAGCCAAAAUGCCUCCCUUCCAGAGAAAGACAUUAGUAUUGAUAGGAGCUCAAGGUGUGGGACGAAGAAGCUUGAAAAACAGGUUCAUAGUGUUGAAUCCCACUAGAUUUGGAACCACAGUGCCAUUUACUUCACGGAAACCAAGGGAAGAUGAAAAAGAUGGCCAGGCAUAUAAAUUUGUGUCACGAUCUGAGAUGGAAGCAGAUAUUAAAGCUGGAAAAUAUUUGGAACAUGGGGAAUAUGAAGGAAAUCUCUAUGGAACCAAGAUUGACUCUAUUCUUGAAGUUGUCCAAACUGGACGAACUUGCAUCUUGGAUGUCAACCCACAAGCCCUGAAAGUGCUGAGGACAUCCGAGUUCAUGCCCUAUGUUGUGUUUAUUGCUGCUCCCGAACUAGAGACGUUACGUGCCAUGCACAAGGCUGUAGUGGAUGCUGGUAUCACUACUAAGCUUUUGACGGACUCUGACUUGAAGAAAACAGUGGAUGAAAGUGCACGGAUUCAAAGAGCAUACAACCACUAUUUUGAUCUGAUCAUUGUAAAUGACAAUCUAGACAAAGCCUUUGAGAAACUACAAACUGCCAUAGAGAAACUGAGAAUGGAGCCACAGUGGGUCCCAAUCAGCUGGGUUUACUGAUGAUUCAAUAAGGUUCACAAUUAAAAUAAAACUUUCAAAAAGUGACUGCAACAAAUAAACCUUCUACUGAGAAAAUACAUGCACAGAUAGAAGAUAUCUGCCAAGUCCAGGCAUUUUUAUUGUGUAGAUUGAAGUACCAGUACACUAUUCUGGAUUUUUAUAGAAAAUGUGGUUGGGAAGGUGUACUAAUAUAUAAUUUAUCUUAAUUUUUCUAACUUUUUAUGAAUAAUCUUUCUAUUCAUAUCACAUAAAGAAAUGCGUUGAAGCAUUUUGUAUAUGUUUUGAUUUAGUACCCUUGCCUUUUUCAUCAAAGGAAUUUUCAAAUCAUUCACUCUAACAUUGGUCUCAUAUUUUCACUGUGAUAAUGAAUACUUGAAAUAGUUUUGUAAAGCUGUCAUUUAGUUCAGUAUUUAGUGAAGGGUCAGCUACUCUUAUUAGGAGAAAAUAAUGGUUUAUUGGCCUUCUUUCCUAAUAUGUAUAAUUUCUUACAGAAGCAGAAUUUUAAUGUCAGUGCUACAGCUAGUCUGCUACCAUCCAAUACUGACAUCAGAAGUCUGCUCAAUGCUACAUAGUUUCAUUAUUACAGAGAUGUAUGGCUAUCCACUUUAAUUUACGCAGCUAUAUUAGUUUUUUCCCUUCAUUCUCUCUCGUGAAAAUAUGAAGAGCAAUACUUUGCACUCUCAUUUGUUGCAGUGACAGGCUGAUGCUUCGUUAACAUGUACACAACAAGCAAGGCCGUGCCAGCUGAGAGGGUGCCUUAUCCUGCAAAACCUUACAGCAAAAUGACUCUGAAAGUUGAUUUAUUUGUACAUGUAAAAAUUUAACUAACAAAAAUGAACCUAUUGCUUUAUACAGUUUUUUUAUUAGGAUAUGGUCAGCAAAUGUAUCACACCUCUGAAAAUUUCUGUGAUGCUGAAAAAUGCCUCCAAGUUUGCAAUUGGGGGGUUUUGUGAACAAUCAGUGUGCUUUUGAAGUGUGAUGUGAUCAUUAGGGUAUUUUUUCGGUUUGUUAUGUUGUGAACCAAAUCCAUUGAACGAUUUAUGAAAUCUGGAAAUAAUUGUCAGCUGUUUUAUCUCAAUAUAAUAUAUACAUUAUAUAAUAUGUACAUUGUAUGUAUUAUAUAAUAUAUAUUAAAUAAUGUAUUAUAUAUAUUUUUUACAUUUCUGUUAGGAAAUGUACUUUUUUGUUUAAUGAUUAGGAAAACAGUUCUCCGUCUUUAGAUGCAUUAACAUAUACAAAUUUCCAAAAUUAAUCUCAGUUAGUAUAUGCUUUUAGGAUUCUUAGAUGGUAUAAAUUCUUCCUAAAACAUAUUCAGAGAUGCAGGUCAUCAUUAAACUAAGUUAGCCAUAUUUUAUAUUGCUGCUAGCUUUUCACAUAAACAGUAUUCACACUUAAAGGGUUAGGUGCUUAAAUACUGGUGGUCAUCUUUGUCUGGUGCUAGGCACCAGACACCUGGCUGCUGAAUUUGUUUUCCCCUCACCAAAGCUGUCACACGGAAUGCGGCCAGGAGGACUCAGAGGGAAGAGAAAAUACAUGGCAUUAAGCAGCAUGCACACACUGUUCUUCACAAUGAGACCGAACACCCAAGUUGCUGUAUGGUUAAGAUUGGAAAUCCAUAGGUGUUUUUUUUCAUCCAGCAUUUCAUAUCCAGAACACAAAUUCAUGUUCUUUGUCCUAGGAUAGGAAAUUGGUGGCAGAAUGGAUCACACCCUUUUAAUAACUUUGGUAACUUUUAAACCACAUAUAUUUACAUCAAAUUCUUGGCUUCUCAAAGCAACAUGAAUCAAAGCACAGUGUCGAGAUGAUGUCCCAUGACUUAGUGUCUCAACACACUGUAAGCUUUAAGAGAAAUUUUAUUUCCACAUUCUCAGGAAAUGUGCUGUCUUCUGCGGUGUGCCUUCAUGCUGCUGUGUGGAGCCUCUUUGGAAUCAUUGUAGCAGCUCAAGAAGUUUAUACACAAAAUAUUUUACCCAUCUUGACACAACAGAGAUGAUUUUUACAUCAUAUAUAUCUUAAGCCUUAUCAUAUGGUAUAAAACGCACAUUAUUUAGAAAACAGACUACACUUAAAGGAAUUAUUUCUAUUAUAAAUGGUAUUCAUGACUAACUACUUAGUUAAUAUGAGAUGCCUCCUAAUAUAAAAUGGAACAGUGCAGUUGAUUUCAUUUCAGUCGAGACGCCAGAGCUGAAGAGAAUAAAUUUAGAAAAGUUUGUUUAUCUCAGUAAAGAGUCAUUGAACUUGAAAUUCAAGUCCCAUCUGGGUCUGCAGGAACCAGCAGAGCUCUGCUGGGGCAAGGAGUCCCAGAGGCUCUGGGAUUCUCCCGAGGCAAUGAGAGUAUAGUUGUGAUCAACGAAAUGUGAACCUCUCUUGUAGGAAAGGUCUAAGAUAAUUAGCUUUACUAAUGAGAAAAUAGUUUAAAGUGAUGUUGAACAAUUGGUAAUAGUUAAAAUAUACAUGCACGUGCAUAUGCUUUUGGGAAACAAUGUGCCAGUACACUAAGGCACCUGAGGAUUCCUUGUGGACAGGUGAGUAUCCACAUUCAGCAUUCAGGGCAUGACUGUUUAUAUACAGCUAAAUAUUAUAUAUAUUUUUUAUUUUUAAAUAUACAAGUACCCCAUAUCCAUAGAGUUGAUGUCCCUGGAUGAAUCAUUUAACCGUAAGUAGUAGAAUACAUGUGAUGCACUCAAGUAGAAUUUGACUUUUAUUACAGCCAUGCCUCGAUUAUGCAGUCUCAAUUUCUGUUUGAUAUUUGGAUAGUAUCAAAUAAAAUACUAUCCAGUACAUCAGAACUUUGUUUACUUUUGCCAAGUCUAACCAUACCAUUGCUGAAGAUAGCUUUCUAAAGUAGAAAUCGUAUCAUAAACCCAGUACAGCAAUAGUAGCCUGAACCCUAGAUUCUAGAAUCUAGUAAAUUUAAUAUAAUAGCUUAUAAGGACAAGUUUUCUUUAAAGAGCAAAUUGGAUAUUAACACAAAUUUAGAAAAUAAUGCAAAUUAGCAAUAAAAUACGUUAGUGUAGCAUUAUAGACUGGCCAGAUACUAACUGCUUUGACCGUAAUAUCCCAGUGACAGUAGAGGAUGAUCGUUGCUUUAAAGAUUCAUUUAAAUUUGUACUUAUUUUUAUGGAUAACAGUAAGUGUCAUGAUCCAGUAAUUGGGGUUGAUUUUUAUGAUGGAUAGCCAUGGAGUUAGGUACAAUUAUUUUAAAUUUGUAAACACUGAACAUAAAAGUUUUGAAAAUUGGUCAAAAUAAUGAUCUGCUUAACAUUGUACUUACACGGCUUCUGAAACAACACCCCGUUUUCCAGAAAUCACAGGCUAGGGAGCCAAUAAUUUUAUAGUAAUGAAUCUUUAUACUAAGAAUGGAAAAAGCAAUCCUGAAGUUUUAUGUAUAUAGAUAGCAGGUCAUUUUUUAAACGUUUGAGUCACCAUAUAUAAUAUAUAUAUUAUUUAUAUAUAUAUUAUAUAUAUAUAUAUGCACACAGCUAUGUGUAUAAUAUGUAAAAAUUCUCCCAAGAUACAUGAAUAGUAAAAUUAAAUCUGUUCACCCACGUAAUUAUAACUAGUGCUUUUACAUUUUUAAUUACUCCCUAUUCUUAGACAUUAUGAAACUUUUUUCACAUUGUUUUCGUAGGCUCUGGCUUUACCUUGAGGCAGAUACUAAUCCCCUUUCUGAAAAAUAUAUUUGGAAUUAAGCUCAGAAAAUUAUUAUAACUUAGUUUCCUUAGGGAAAAAGGACAGAGUCCUAGAUGGAAGCCUCUUGGGAAAUACUUAUUUAAACCUUCAAGUGAGUUUGUGAUAUGGUUCCGGCUUAGAGAUUAUGGUACCUGCCCUCCUCUUGUUUCAUUGGAUUUGUUGUGAGAAUUCAUGUAAUAACAUCUGUAAUAGAUUUGGAGUUCUUGGGAGAAAUUCCGAAUUUUAAAUAAGAGGAUUAUUGUAUAUAGUACAAGUUAAUAUUAUUCACAGACUUUUAAGAAUACAGUCGACUAAUAAUUCAUGAGCUUUUACGUAUACAUUGUGUAUCUGCGGAAGAUAACAAUUAUAUAAUUUUUUUAAGGUAAGAUUAUUUUUUAACUGCAUUUUUGUUAGCUUCAAGUUUUAUUCAUUUUUAAUAUUUCCCAUAAUUUGUCAUGUUACUUUGUGUGUUCCUGGAAUGAUUUAAUGCACAGAAUCAAAAAUGAGUCCUUAAAAACACUAAAAAGUGAAGGAAUGAUAUCUCAUUUCUAAGGUAAGAAUUUAAAAGCACGUUUGCACUACUUCUGCAAUACACUGUACUGCUUUCUUUAAAAUAGUCUCUCUUUUGAUAAAAAUAGAGCUGGUGUACUUCUACUGGUUGAGAUCCUAAUUCUGACUCCUGACCAUGUGACCUUUGAUAAAAUUUAUAUCUCCCUUUAGUUUUAAUAUUACACUUGUUAAAUAAGGCUAACUUAAUAUUUGUCUUCACCUUAAAUUACAAGAAGUAAUUUAUAACUCUGAUGUGAUAAAUGCUAAGUUGGAAAAUCCUUAUUAAGCUACUUUAUCUGUUUAUUCACUUACCCUGAGGUUGCUUAUCUUUUAGUUCUUUUAAAAUGUACCUCUUUUGGAGGUAACAUAGUGAUUGGUGCACACCAUUCAGAAAUUCUACCUUCAGUUUUAAAACAGCUCUGAGGAUGCAUUGAUAGUUCCAGCCUGGAAGAGGAUGUGUUCUGCUCUCUUAGUGGUCCUGGUCAGGAGGUCGUGAGUUCAGAAUCCUACUCUAAGUCCAAACCUUUAGCAAAUCCUUGCUACCUUGACCACUCACAAGUCAAACAAAAUUUAAGUAGGCAAUCCACAAUUUAAGUAAGCAUCCAAAGACACUCUGAUGUUUGCCCCUUAAAGCUGCCCUACCUUAUGCCUGAAGUUUAUCACUGCAGCCCUAUUGUUUAGUGUAAGUUUAAAAGGCAUCUGUUUCUUUAAAAGGGGAAACACAUUCAGUUAGGUCCAGUUAGGGGACCUUGAAUCCAACAUAAUAUGAAUGCAUUUUAGAUUUGUUCUCUAAUUGCUUCAGGGCCAUUGGCUGAUACUGUAGUGCUAUGAUAAAUCUGACUUGCCUCCACGUGCCAAAGUCGGUCAGAAGUGACAAUUUUUUUUUUCCCUACCAGCUUUUACUGUUUCUAAUCUCUGGCACAAACUGAAUGAACACAUCUACAGGUAAUGUAAAUGCCACUUACAACUUGGCAGAUUAAAUGCCUCAAUGCUUGCAAUGUCUUGCAACUCAAGACAAUGGGACUUGUCUUGAGUCCCAUUGAACAGGUAUUGUCACUACCACAGAGUAGAAGCCAAAAGGUCUUAUUUUAAAAGUUGGAAAUAGAUGUCUUUACUGCACUUCAGCAAUAGCAUGCCAGGGGUAGAAACAUACAAAUAUGACAAGCCAUGCCUGAAAUUUGACCUUCCUCACAUCAGUCAAGGUGGCCUGGGAGCUUGGAGGAAGAGGGAAACUCCUCUGCUAUGUAUUACUAACCCAGAAGUCAUUACCAGUUAAAAUGUGUGGUUCUCAUCUUACUCUUAAAUAGGAGAGGCAGGCAGUGGUAUGAGUAACCUUACUUUGGAGACAUAAACCUUGUUCUGGUAAACAUGGUCCAACUGAGAGAUGCCUUAAGUCUUUUCAGUAAAACCUGAUUUGAGGAAUAGCUGAUCUCCAUCUGUAACUGAAAUACAAGGUAAAUAUUUCCUUUGGCUGUGUGUCCACUUUAAAAAACAGCUGCUGACUCCUGUUUUUUCAGUAACAUUGAUUUUUAAGAAAGUGGUGUCUUGGAUUUUGCUAUAGAAGAAGGAGCACUGGGGUUCAGCAGCUGGUAUAAUUUCCACGUCGUUAGCUCUGUUAGAGCCCAUGAUAAGAAACUGAUGUGAAGACCUUGGGGGACUUUUUUUCCAUCUCUCUUUUGGUAUAUAUUUAUUUUGAACACAUAUGCAUGCUCCUUUUAACCUCUGGUCUUUGAAAUGAUUGUAGAAGAGACCUUUUUGUUUUUGUUUGUUUUUUAAUGGAGGGCAAAAUGCUUGUUAGCAACCAAAAAAUCAAAGCUGAACAAGCUGCCAAAGUAAGUUUCUGGUGAAAAAAGUUUAAAAAUAAAAUUGCUACUGCUUUCCAAGUAACUGUAUUACUAGUUCCUGUAUAAAAGAAACAUUAUUGCUGUCCUUGUAUAAAUAAAAUUUUCCUGCAGUACAAUUAAGUAUUGAUUUCUCAGAAACUGUCCCUAUAAAUUUUUCUUUUCACAUUAUUUCCAUAUGUUGUCCAAAAUGAAAGUUACUGAAAUGUCCAAUCUGUGAGAUUGCAUACUCCUGGUAAAAUAUUUUUGUAUAUGUAAAGAAAUAAAUAUUUAAUAUUGGGAAAA